AUGCGUCAAAGUGCAAUAUUUACCGUGGAGAAAGUCAAGCAGGAAAUCGAUAGCAAACGGACGCACACUUUCGAAGAAGCUCUAGAACUGGCCGGGUUUGGACGAGCUCAACUCAUUCUGCUGUUUCUGUCUGGUUGCACAAUGAUGGCAAGCAUAAUCGAAUCCAUGGGCAUCAGCAUUAUUCUUCCGGCCAGUGAUUGCGACCUACUCAUGGAUCCGGGAGAAAAAGGCAUGAUCGGAGGAGCAAUUUUCCUGGGCGUGAUGGCGUCUUCCUAUUUUUGGGGCUACCAGGCGGACACCCGGGGACGAAAGAUCGUUCUACAAUACGCUCUCUUCGUUGUGUCAAUCUGUUCGGUCGCUUCAAGUUUCACAAACGAUUUCACCUCGAUGAUGUGUCUGCGGCUUCUCACCGGUGUCUUCUUGUCAGCGCCGACUUCAACGGUGUACGCCUACUUUGGUGAAUUCUGUCCUCCCAAGCGGCGUGUCCAGAUGUUAUCCUACGCUUCGAUUAUGGGCUCUGUUGGUAUUAUUUUCAUCGCAGGCAUCGGUUGGUGGCUCCUUAGCUACAACUGGUCGUUCGUCAUCUUUGGAUUAGUGUUCAAACCAUGGCGUUUACUGUUCAUUGUUUACACCAUUCCUGGCCUGCUGACAGCCGUAGCUUUUCUAUUUUGCCCGGAGAGUCCAAAGUUUCUACUUUCGCGAUCACGAUCUCAGGAGGCUUUGGAUGUUUUGCGCUGGAUCCAUAAGGUCAACAAAGGCAGCAAUAGUACAGAAGACUUCCCAGUUACAUCGUUAGCAUCGCUAGACGACAGCGCUCAAGUGCACUACAAACCAGGACUGAUAGGUGUUCUCAAAUCAAUGAAAGAUCAAACGAUACCACUGCUGAAGUGCCCUUCGGUUCUGUAUUUCUCCAUAUGCUGUCUUGAAGCUUUGGGUGCUUUCUCUAUAUACGGAGGACUUGCGUUGUGGUUUCCCCAGAUCAUGAACAAAGUGGUAUCGGACAGUGCUACCCAACCGAUUUGUUCUAUACUGCAGGUCAGCAAUUCCAACGCUUCUUCAACGGAACACACCGCCGCUCCCCAAUGCAUCGAGCACGUUCAACAGGAAACUUUUCUUUUCACCGCAAUGCUUGGCCUGUUUGCUGCUUGCGUUAGCUUCUUCAUGUCUCUAAUGCUCGGACGCUUCCAAACCAAAUCGAUGUUGAUCGUCAACAUGGCGAUUGCUGGAGUAGCCGGUAUUGUGUUGCAAUUCGUGUCCAACAGUUUCGCGGUAGCUCUGCUCUUCUGCGUCGAGAUUCUGUUCGCCGGUAUCGGAGUGCUGCUGGUAAACGGGUUAGCCGUUUCACUGUUUCCAACGCAUGUCACAGGAAUGGCUGUUGCGUUGAUCAAUGUCGUGGGCCGGUUUAGCUGCUUCGCGGCGAGUGCCGUCAUUGGGUUGAUGAUACGACAGGAUUGUCCGUUGACUUUCUAUCUGCACAGUGGAUUACUGCUGGUUUGCUCGGCCGCUUCUUUACUGUUGCCAUGA